AAGCAGUUCCGAUUAUGUACAAGGUCUACAUUUUAUUACUUCUUGAAUAUACACUGCACGUUUGGUGUCAAAACAUAUCCCUGACAGCAGACCAGUGGUGUUAUCAUGAAGGGGACGCACUGAUCCUCAACGCAACUUACUCAGGAAAUGAAACAUUCGGGGUGGUAGAAUGGAAUUUCAAGCCCGAUGGUGAACGGGUGCAUCAUGGUUCUGGAUUAAACAUACGAGUUCCUGAUUGUUUAUCAUUUGGACUGUAUCCGAACUACUUUCCCGGUCAAAAUCGCACCUCGUUUCACUGUUCACAGAUCAAAGUUUUCGACAGUGUCUCUUUUGCUAUCCCCUCAAGAUCGCACAUUGAAGCUGCGUUUACACUGAGAAUAAAUGAUACGACAAUAAGGGAAAUGAGUAACGCAACGUGGACGGUCAUACUGUGGUCAUUUAAUUCAUUACCGUUACCAAUGGAAUCAAUCUUAAUACAGGAUUGUACAGAUAAGAAAUGGAUAAGCAGUACUAAAGCCGUUACAAAAGUGGUCAGCAGUACUCCACCGGUUUCCACAAAUGUUACAUUUGUAAGCGGUGCAAAGUCCGUGAACAACAAAAGUAGCCCGUAUGUAUUAUCUCCGACUGACAUGUAUAAUAUUAUUGGAAAAUAAAAUUGAAUCAUUAUAAGUUGAUGUUUUAUU